AUGGCGGGAGCAUUUUCCGGAGCUGGAAAGGCUUUACGAGCUACUGCAUCAGUCACUGGCAGGAAACUUGUGAUCGCCAUCAGCACUGACAAUGUAGUAGUUGCUCAAGAAGCGUGCAAAACUGCUGGUAAAGUAAUCCUGGGUCUUGGAGCUAUGUAUUUUAGUUACAAUUUAUUGAGACCACUAGUCGACGCCGCAGUUAAAAAAGCUCUGGGUGGCAAACGCGAUGAUCAGAAGAUUACCGACACUCGAAAAGGAAGUUUGCACGUUGAGUUACAUUGUUUCACAGACGAAAGGUUUCUUGAAGUCUUGGCGGAUUACGAAUCAGGAAGAAUGAAGGAACGCUUGCAGGAAGAACUUUCGCUGGUUGGAAUUAAAGUGGAAGGAAUGAAGGUGAAGAUUGAAAACAUGGAGGAGGUGAAUCAAACAAAAGAAGCUAUAAAAAAGAGAUCUCAUCUUUGUGAGAAAAUCAGCAAUUUGGACAUUACGGAAAGUAACCUGGAGAAGAAUAUUAAGGAAACAAGUUUGGUCUUGGCAGAGAAAUCAAACAUUUCCUCCCGAGGAGACGACAACGGACAAGAGGCUUAUAAAAUAAACAGGUCGCAGGUUAAGAAUAAUUUUGGUGACGACAUCAAAAGUCUUUUUAUUGGUGAUGUCAGGGGUGGUGAUAAAGAUAGCGAGGGAGAAAUACAUACACAAAUGGUCAAGCAGGAUUCAGCACUGGCAUUGGAAUUGCACGAAAUUGGAGUCAAACAAAUUAAAUUGAAAGAUUGGGAGUCAGCAUUGGAGUCACACAAGCGUGCUUUACAAAUCAGAUUAAAGUUGCAUGGGGAAUACCAUAGUGACACUGGUGAUAGUUAUUACUACAUUGGUUACGUCCAAGAAAAACUACAUGAUUACAAAUCGUCAUUAAAAUCUCAUCAACAUGCUUUACAAAUCAGAUUACAGCUCAACGUUGAACACUAUAGUAAAACUGGAGAUAGUUAUCAUGAAAUUGGUGUUGCACAACACAAAUUGGGAGAUUACACAUCAGCAAUAACAGCAUUUCAACGCGCCCUUGAUAUCAGACUGAAACUGUUUGGACUGAAUCACUCAUCUACUGCGCAAAGUUAUACCAGCAUUGGAUUCACACAAAUCGAGAUGAGAGAAUACAAAUCAGCAUUAGAGUCACAUCAAAAAGCCCUUGACAUUAGAUUAACACUGAACGGAGAAGAUCAUCCUGACACAGCUAUCAGUUAUAACAGCAUCGGAAUCACACAGUAUAAGAUAAAAAAUUACAAGUCAGGAUUAGAGUCGCAACAGAAAGCUCUUGAAAUUAGAUUAAAGCAUUAUGGAGAGGAACAUCCUGAUACGGCCGACAGUUAUUAUUGCAUUGGAAUCACACAACUUGCGAUGAAAGAUUACAAGGCAGCAUUAGCAACAUGUCAACAUGCCCUUGAGAUAGAACUGAAACUGUUUGGGGAGAAUAAUGCAUCCACUGCAUCAACGUAUCACAGCAUUGGGGUUGCACAACAGCAGACGAAAGAUUACAAGUUAGCAUUAGAAUCUUUUGAAAAAGCUCUUAAAAUAAACUUAAAAAUAUUUGGAGAAGAUCAUCAAGAUACAGCUGACAGUUACGACAACAUUGGAAUCACAAAAACCUGGAUGAAAGACUACAAGUCAGCUUUGGAAUCAAAACAAAAAGCUCUAGAAAUUAGAUUAAAAUUAUUUGGAGAAGAUCAUCAAGAUACAGCUGAUAGUUAUGACAGCAUUGGAACCACAGAAACCUGGAUGAAAGACUACAAGUCGGCAUUAGAAUCGAAACAAAAGGCUCUCGAAAUUAGAUUAAAAUUAUUUGGUGAGGAUCAUCAAGAUUCAGCUGAUAGUUAUGACAGCAUUGGAACCACAGAAACCUGGAUUAAAGACUACAAAUCGGCAUUAAAAUCGAAGCAAAAGGCUCGUGCAAUUAGAAAAAAACUAUUUGGAGAAGAUCAUCCCGACACAGCUAGUAGUUAUUACGGCAUUGGGAUAAUACAGGACUGGAUGAAGAAUUACACGUUAGCAUUAGAAUCGUAUCAAAACACUCUUGAAAUUGAAUCAAAACUAUAUGGAAAGGAACAUCCUGACACUGUAGAAACGUGUCGGGCAAUUGGUAUCACACAACGUUCUGCAAAGAACCUCCAUAAAGCACUGACGCUACACAAAGAUGUCGUACAAGCGCGACUGAAACUUCAUGGUGAAUACCACGAUGAUACUGCUUUUAGUUAUCGCAGCCUGGGAAUCACACAACGCGAGAUGAAAGAUUACAAGUCUGCAUUAGUUUCUCUUGGGCAUGCACUGAGAAUCAGUUUGAAUUUACAUGGAGAAAAUCAUCCUGACACUGCUGGUAUUCACGGCGACAUUGGAGCCACACAAUGUGAGAUGGGAGACUACAAAUCCGCAUUAGAGUCGCACAACAAAGCUCUUCAAAUCAGAUUGAAAUUGCUUGGAGAAGUUCAUCCCGACACAGCUGAUAGUUAUUUUCAAAUCGGGAUUGUACAACAAGAAAUGGCGGAUUGCGAGUCAGCAUUAAAGUCCAAACAGGAAGCUCUUUCAAUCCUAGUAAAGCAAUUCGGAGAAGAUCAUCCUGAGAUGGCUGAAUAUUACCUCGAUAUUUCUCAUGUGCAAGAUCUUUUGAAAAUUAGGGCGAGUCCUGAACAGACACAAAUAAAGGCGCCAUUUUGGAGCGAAUACCUGUAGAGAAGAGAAUAUUAACAUUCUAGAAAAUUUUAGCUGAAUAUUCGAUUACUUAGUCCAUAUUAUAUCAUUUAUCUGCCUAGUGCCUGUCAUUUAAUUAUUUUAGUGACUUCGUGGAGUUCUUAGAAGGCUGUCGUAAGUGUCCUGCGCUGUGAGGUCUUGAAUGCAUGUCUUUAGAUGUACCUGUGCAGGACAAAGAACAAACCUGAACAAACGUUUAUAAUCUAUAUCGGGUAAUUAAAUAUGCAAUAUAAAAGUUUCCAGUAUCUAGUAUAUAAUUUUGCUAUAUGAAUACCAGUGUACAAAACACACGUAAAUAUAUACGAUAUUUUUACCUGUAAAAUGUCCUUUUCGCUAGCCAAUCAAAAACCUCGUAGGAAAUAUGUUUGACCAAUCAAAAAAUCUGUUGUAAAACGUUCCAGUUCUUGAAUUUGUUGCUAUAAUUUGUGCAUAAAAAACCCCCGAGAAUAUUACAUGGCUGCUUGGAAAUAUGGCUUUCUUUCUCGAGUUGAAGAGCAAUAUUCUCUUCAACACUCGAAAUAAAUUCCAUAUUUCCGCGCAACAAUAUAAUA